AUGAUUAGUGAUAAUGAUAAUUUAACUGUAAAAGAAGAUGAAAUUAAUGAUUUAUCAAUAUCAAAUAAUAAAAUAACGAAUAAUGAAUUAUUUAAAUCAGCGAAUCGAAGAAAACAAUUUAAACCAAAUCGUGUUACAAAUGAGGAUGAAGAGGCGAUUCCUCAACAAGAAUUAACUACGGAUUUAACAAAAGAAUAUAUUACAACUCCUCCUGCUACUACUACUACUACUACUACUACUAGCAAUAACAAUAAUCCUCGACAACAACAAGAAGCUUAUUGUAAUUUAUGUGAACGUUCAUUUUGUAAUAAAUAUUUUCUUAAAACACAUUUUGCUAAAAAACAUGGAGGAUUGAAUAUGGUUUCACCAUUAUCAUUAACAGAAACAAAUGAUAAUGUUAAUGUAUCUUUGUCUCCACCAUCACCAUGUUUAUCAAAUGAACAAUCAAUAUCUUUAAUGACUAAUCAACAAUCAUCACCUAUUAAUAAUACUAAAAUAUCGGAAAAAACUAGUGAAGAUUAUUGUGAAAUUUGUCAAAAACAUUUUUGUAAUAAAUAUUAUCUUCGUGUAAGUUAA